AUGCAAUAGACAGUUCUCCAACAGAAUGUGAAUUUCGUAUUAAAAUCUCAAUUGGUGGAGGUGUACAAAGAAAAAGUUAAAGAUUUAUUGGACAUCAAUAAAUAGGGAUUUAAAAAUAAAGAGAAAUAGCUAAUCAAGGAUUCUACAUUUAGUUUUGAUAAAGAGGAAAUUUAUAAUGCAUUACAAAAGAGUUUAGUCAACCGAUAAGUUGGCUAUACUAACCUUAAUGACAUGUCAUCUAGAUCCCAUCUUUUAUUUUAAAUGACAGUCACCAUGAAUAAUGAAAUUGAAGGGACAUCAUACACAGGAUAAUUGAUAAUGGCUGAUCUAGCAGGCAGUGAAAAUGCAUCUAAAGCAGGAACCACUGGAAUUGCAUUGCAAGAGGGAUCAUUCAUCAAUAGGAGUCUGCUAACACUAUCUAAUGUAAUUAAUGGGUUAUCAGAAAAAUAGUAACAUGUACCUUUCAGAGAAUCUAAUCUAACUAAGUUGCUUUGGAAUGGACUUAGCAAAAACUCUAUGACUUCUCUGAUUAUUACAUGCAGUCCAUGUAUUAGUAAUGAACCUGAAACUCUCAGUACUCUUAGGUUUGGAGUGAGAGCUAAAAUGAUUAAGACCUAACCAAAAGUAAAUAAAGAAGUCACCAUUAAAGAGUUAGAAAUCCUAAAUACAAAAUUGAUGAAGGACCUAGAAGAAAGAAAUUAUAUUAUCGAUCAAUUAAAGAAGGAUGACAACAAAGUUAAAAUUAUUAAAUUGGAAAAAUAAAUGCUACCAUUGCGCAAAGAAAAUCAAUUAUUGAAAGAAUAGAUCUCAUAAUACAUAACUGAAUUGGAUAUGAGGUCUUUGGACUAUUAAGAAAUGUAAACGAAUUUCAAAAAUUCCUUACUUGAAUCAGAUCGAUUAUAAUAAUAUAAUCUAAAUUAUCAGAAGUAAAUUGAGUAGUUUCAAUAAAAUAAAGAAAUUGAAAUCCAUGAUCUAAAUUCUUAAAUUGAAAACCUUAAAUAAUAAUUGUAAUCAAAGGAUGAAAUGAUUCAAUAAUUAUCCAAACAUCUAGCGAUAUUUCAAAAAUCUCAAUCACAAAAUGCUCAAUUAUAAUUACAUGAACACUAUGCUGAAAAAAUACAAAGCUAAAAUAUAGCAGAUUUGCUUAAGGAAAUAGAUGAACUUAAGAAAAAGACAUUUGAAGAUAAGAAUGAAAUUAAAUAGUUGAGUAAGGUCAAUGAAAGUUAAAUCUUAGUUUUUACAAAACAAAUUAAUAAUUAGGAAUCUGAAAUCUCUAAUCUAAAAGAUCAGGUGAAAAAUUAUCAAUUGCAACUUAUGAAGAAUAAUGAUGAAUUACUCGAUUUAAUGAAAUCAAACAAAAAAUUUCAAAAGGAUCUUGAGAAUAGAGUGAUGAAAGUAACUGAAUUAUAGGAACAAUAUGAUUAUCUACUUGAUUAAUUUAAUAAAUUAAAGAAUCAAUUAAAUUACGAAGAGGUUGGAGUGUAUGAAGAGAAUCAAAAACUACAUUCACAAUUACAAGAAAUUAACAAAAAAUAUUUACAAGAGGAAUCCUUAAGAAGAUCCAAUUAAUUAACUUCAAGUUAAACUUUGUAAGCAAAACUAUCAAGAAUUCAAUAACUUGAACAGGAAAAUUAUAAAUUAAAAUUAGAUAUCUAAAACUCAUAAAUUUUGAGUUCGUAGAACAAUAAUAAUGAAACUGCAAUUGUUUCAUAAUUUAAAUCUGCUAAUAAAGGAAGCAUGAUUUCUAAAAUAGUUAAAAAAUAAUAAAAUUAGGUUGAUUAAUCGUGA